AUGGGGAAUUAUGUUUCCUGCACUCUGUCAACUCCGGGGGGAAAGUCAACAAAAGUGAUCUUGCCGACGGGAGAAAUCAGAGUGAUAAACGCGGCUACGACGGCUGCGGAGCUGAUGGUGGAGACGCCGAACCACUUCGUCGUUAACACCUCGUCGUUGAAGAUCGGCCGCAGGUUCUCCCCUCUCGCCGCCGACGAGGACCUCGAGCUCGCCAACGUCUACCUCAUGCUCCCCAUGAAACGGGUCCACUCCGCCGUCACCGCUGCCGAUAUGGGUCUCCUUUACCUCGCCGCAAAACGCAGCUUCGCCGGCGGGAAAGUUGGGGUCUUGCCGGCCGUCGCCGCACCAGAGUCAAAGAAAGCUGACGUUUGGCCGGAAAGUGAACCGCCGGCGGAAACCACGGAUGUGCCGAAACUGAAUUUGGAUGAUAUAGAGGAGUUCUCGACGCCGGAGUUUUCUCACCGGUUAUCCAUGUCGAGGUCGAGGAAGCCGUUGUUGGAAACAAUUACAGAGUGAGCUUAUCAGGAAGCCAUUGCUAUAUAUAGAUCUGUAGAUUAUAUAUAUAUUCGUGCAUGGAUUAUUAUAUAUGCAUCUAGCUAUAUUAAUUAACUAACAAGGAGAGAUGAAUUUGUUACAUGUAGAGAUUAAUUAGAGGUUU